AUGCCUGUGGAUCAGAUGCUCCACCUGAGAAUCGCUGAGUGCCCAGUGAACAAAAUUGCGGUGAUCACCCCGCCGGAUGAGGCCGACUUAAACCUUGAAAGUAAAGGUACAAGAAAUGUCGCUUCUCCCGACCUCACCCUUCUUGGUCGCAUAUAUCGACUGACACCAAAACCCACAAUCGUGCUUGAUGGCUCGUUGCGAAUCAUCGAAGUGUCCAAUAGCCAUGUGGAAAUAUUCGAACGGUCACGAGAUCAACUGUUGACCUCCAAUGUUUACGACCUUCCCGCCUCUGUCCUUUCAGCCCCCGACAUCCCGUCCUUGAGUGGCGCCUUGGGCGCCGCCAUAUCAACUCGCCAGGUGCAGGCCACCAAUCGCGUUUAUGUCGCCAAAUGCAACGCCUUUUAUUCUCUUAACGUGACCCCGAUCUUUGAAGAUGACGCCCUCCUGUAUGUGCUUUUGGAAGCCGAGCGCACUGCCCAAAAGCCGCCUGCCGACGAGCCGCGCAAUCUAAACCAAGCCUACAAAAUACUAGUCGAUACCGUGAAGGACUAUGCCAUCUUUAUGCUCGAUACUCGAGGCCACAUCGUGACGUGGAACUCGGGCGCUGCUAUCCUCAAGGGCUACACCGCCUCUGAAAUCAUCGGUCAGCAUUUCUCCGUUUUUUACGGUCGCGAAGAUCGUGAAAUCAAAAAGCCCGCCCGGGAAUUGGAGGUCUGCAUACGCGAGGGGAAGGUCGAGGACGACGGUUGGCGCUACCGGAAAGAUGGCUCGCGGUUCUGGGCCAACGUGAUGAUCACCGCAAUAUUCCAGAAUGGGACUCUGGUGGGAUUCGUGAAAGUGACGCGUGAUUUGACAGAGCGUCGGGCCACAGAAUCGCGUUUGAUUGGUGCAUUUGAAGAAUCGGUCCGAUUGAAGUCUGCUUUCCUAGCCAACAUGUCACACGAGCUACGCACUCCAAUGAACGGAAUGUUCUUGGCUUUGACCAUGCUGCUCAAGACCGAGCUGACUGCUGAGCAGCGGGAGUUUGCUUGUAUUCUGGAAGAUUCGACCUCAAUACUGCUGCAGGUCAUCAACGAUGUACUGGACUACUCGAAACUAUCAUCGGAAACCUUCCCUCUAACAACCGAAGUGCUCAACAUCAACAGCGUGAUCACAGCGGUGAUUCGCAACUGCCAAGGGACGCUGAAGCCCGGUGUUAAACUUACGUCUGCCGUAAGUAAGGGGUUCCCCCAAUCCGUCAAAGGAGACCCCCUGCGAUUCCGCCAAGUGUUGCAAAAUCUGGUCAGCAAUGCAGUCAAAUUCACUGAAAAAGGCCACAUCCGAAUCAACGCGAACUACGUGAUCGACCGGAAAGAACCUGAUGUAUAUCAGAUCACCAUUGAGGUGGUGGACACAGGUAUAGGAGUACCCGAAGAUGCCGAGAGUACUCUUUUUACUCCUUUCACACGAUUCGUAGACACAGCAACUAAGAGAUACCAAGGGACUGGCCUCGGUCUAUCCAUCUGCAAAAGCUUGGCCGAAUUGAUGGAUGGAGCAGUGGGAUUCCACGCCAACCCAGACGGGCCAGGAAGUGUGUUCUGGAUGAGCGCCAAACUGGCGCGUGUUACCUCGCCAGUCUCGGCAGCGAGAACGAGUCUGCCCUCGAUAAGACCCACUACACUUGACCAAACUGGUCCGCUCAAAACUAUCGCUCCACACAAGUACGUCCUUCUUGUCGAAGACAACAAUGUCAAUCAAACCAUCAUGAUGAAACUCCUCGGUAGUCUUGGCUUCCAGCGAGUCGACGCCGCCUGGGAUGGUGCAGAAGCAGUGCGCAUGGUCAAACAAAAGCCACUCGCAUAUAGUGUGAUCUUGAUGGACAUCAACAUGCCGGUCAUGGAUGGCCUCACAGCUACGGAGCACAUUCGACGAAUCAAUCUUGAUGUACCCAUUCUCGCCUUGACGGGCAACGCUUUGAAGGGAGAUGCAGAAACGUAUCUAUCUCGGGGCAUGAAUGAUUACAUCGCCAAGCCCUUGCAUCGACAGCAGCUGGUUGAUCUCUUGUGGAAAUGGUGCGGAUCUUGA